UUGCAGGAUUUACAACAACGACAGAGGUACGAGAAAGAAGCUGCCCUUUCCGAGAUCGAGCAUAGUCGCAAGAUUUUACUAGAUAGUCUGAAGAAGUACAAAGGGGUGGCUUUGCAAGCGAUACAUGAGGCUUCAGCUUUUGCUGGGGAGACAGUGCAGUACAACCGGGAUCUAAUGCUUCCUCCAUAUGCAAGCUACUUACAUCCCUUCCCUUCUGGACACAAGUCUGUGAGUAAUGGGCUAACCGAUGCUGCGACAAAUAAAGCUACAAAGGAACCCAAUGAAUCAGAAAGAAAACGCUCAAAAACCGAUUCCGGGAACUCGAGGAAUGGAUUGGGAUCGUUGGUUAGUAUAGCUGCAAAAUCAGUGAUUACCAUUGUUGGUAUAGUAUCCAUACUGCACUUGUCUGGUUUUAGACCAAAGUUUGUGAAGAAAGUUGCUGCUUUGAAGGUUUUGAACCUAUUUCGACAGUCUGCAGCUGGAGGCAAUGGAUCAUAUAAUGAAUGUCCUCCAGGUAAAAUCCUUGUAACGGAAAAUGGGGAGGCUCGAUGCAUCGUGAAAGAGAGAAUUGAAGUUCCAUUUUCGUCGGUUGCAGCUAAACCAGAUGUAAACUAUGGAUCUGGGUAACAGUUCAGUUCUCAUGUGCUUAUGUGAGGUGAGUUUUUCAGGGUCUUCGAUUAUGCCAAAUUUUGAUUUUCUUCAUUAGCCUAGUUGCUCUGCAUAAUUUUUUCGUCGACCUUGUCAUAUGACGUACAAUAAUAGAUAUAUUCUAAUUAUCUGCC